UUAAAAACAAUGAAUUGGUGGCUAAUAUGUUGGAGGCAUUAUUUAGUAUUUUGAAUACUGUUGCUUCAAAUGAUCCUGACCGUCUUUCAAAGAUUUGUGAACGCGUUGAGGAAUGCGGGGGUUUAGACAAAAUCGAAAAACUUCAAGAACACGAAUCUGAGCAAAUCUAUCUAAUUUCUUAUAAAAUUAUUGAGGAAUUCUUUUCUGAUGAAGAAGAUAGUGAACUUGCUAUUGGAAUGGAAGAACAACAGCCACAACAGGGGGGACAUUUUAAUUUUUAA